AACCGGUUUUUUAAACCAAUUGAACUGGUAGCCCUACAACUGGAGAUUGACGCUCUGACAGCACCAAAACCUGAACGACCUCAAGCUAGUGGAAGCGGUCACCAUCAAUCCAGUGGUGGCGGUAAAAAUCAACCACCCAAUGGUGUUAUCCAGUCCGAACCUCUCCCUCCCUCCCCAUCAUCUGCCAAUCGAAAUUGA